CGAGCUAGCCCGAGCCCUAGUCUGCUAUCCCGACGCCCCAACGGACAGUCGUUGUUCCCUCGCGGCCGCGAUCACCCACGGCGCUCCACCGCAACUUCUCCUUGCUCCCCAUCAUCGGCUUACCAUUCACGCCGCACCGUUGGUUUACCCAUCAUCGCCGCGACCUCAUCGACGCUUCGACUUUGGGGAAGUUGCCAUCUUUACCGAUCUUUUAACUUCCUCCUACCAACCAUCUAACCGCGUUGCCAGUGUGUUGGCUACGAGCCCUCAAAGGGAUAGCAUACUUGUAGCAGGCUAAUAAGUUCAUAAAUGGGGAAGAGGAAACGGGAUGAGAACUCUGGUCAGAAGAAUGCAGGUGGUGUGCACUGUCCCUCCACUAUCUUUGUUUCCAACCUCCCCUACUCAUUUAAGUCCUCAGAGCUAGAGGCAUUGUUCAGCGAAGUUGGACCUGUGAGGCGCUGCUUUAUGGUCACUUCGAAGGGAUCAGAAGUGAGCCGGGGUUUUGGCUUUGUCCAAUUUGCCACUGUUGAAGAUGCUGAGCGUUCAAUUCAACUUAAAAAUAGAUUGGCUGUAGAUGGUAGAAAAAUAAGUGUCAAACUUGCAAAGCAUCGCCUUCCUCUUGAGGAACGCCAGCAAAAGGCAAAGAAUGUGCAUUCAGAUGAUAUAGAUACCAAACAUAAUGAGAUUCUUCAUUCAACAAGUGUGACUGAGCAUAAAGGAUGUUUAAGGGCACAAGACACAGGAAGUUAUACAACAAAACCACCAAGAAGCAUUGUAGAUGAUGGCAAAGGAAUUUUGUUAGCAAGCAAGGACCCAGCUGUUGAAUUUCCAGGCUCAGAAAAGCAGAGGGUUGCUAGAACAGUAAUAUUUGGUAAUCUAGUUAACUCUGAGAUGGCAGCCGAUGUCUUUCAGCAGGCUGGAGAAGUCGGCACCAUAUGCUCAAUUAGUUAUCCUCUUCCAAAAGAAGAACUAAAACUACAUGGGCUUGCUCGAGAUGGUUGUAAGUCAGAAGCUGCAGCAGUACUUUAUACGACUGUCAAAUCCGCACGUUUUUCUGUUACAAAGUUACAUCAACAAGAGAUAAAUGGUGCAUGUGUUUGGGCUCGCCAAUUGGGUGGGGAGGGUUCAAAAGCUAGAAAGUGGAGAGUAAUUGUUAGGAAUUUGCCAUUUAAGGCUACAGUCAGUGAGAUAAGAGAAAUAUUUAGCUCAGCAGGGUUUGUGUGGGAUGUGUUGAUCCCACAUAAGUCAGAUGAAGGAGUUUCAAAAGGUUUUGCUUUUGUUUCUUUCACAUGCAAACAAGAUGCAGAAAAUGCCAUUAAAAAUAUUAAUGGGCGAGUAAUUGCAAAACGAACUGUUGCUGUUGAUUGGGCAGUUUCAAAAAGAGUAUAUUCAGUUGCAUCUGCUGCUGCUUCAGGGGAAGGAUUCCAGGAUGACAGUGACAAUGAGAGUAAAUCUGAAAGUGAUAGUGAAGUUGAUAGAGAUAAUGUGAGUACAGUUGACAUGAGUACAGAUGAAGUCAAUCUUGAUGGGCCUGUGAUUGAAAAGUUGACUGAGACUAAUGAGAAUGAAGUUAUCCCCAUUGAAGUUGAUUUCAGGUCAGAGGCAGAAGUUGCUAGAAAGAUCCUGGAUAACUUGAUCAGAUCAUCCACCAGCGUUUCUGAUGCAGCAACUCAUGGUUCAGAUUCCAGGACAGCUGAAAGUAUUACCGAGUCUUGGACCUCACAUCAUGUUGGACAUGUGGAACCUCCCUUGCCUAUAAAGAAAGAUGGAAUAGUUGGAAACAAAGUUGGCAAAGGAUCAGAAGCUGAAGUUCAAGAACUUGGGAAAAGAGACAAGGAUUUAGAUAGAACAAUUUUUAUAAGCAACCUUCCCUUUGAAAUUGAUAGUGAGGAGGUGAAAGAGAGAUUCUCUUCCUUUGGGAAGGUGCAAUCAUUUUUUCCUGUCCUCCACAAACUUACCAAGCGACCCAGAGGAACUGCCUUUUUAAUAUUUGAUAGCCCAGCUGCGGCAGAUGCUGCGAUUUCUGCAGCAAAUGCUGCACUUGGUUUAGGCAUCAUUAUGAAGGGAAGACCACUUAAAGUUUUGAAAGCUUUAGACAAGGAAUCAGUUCACAAGAAAGAACUUCAAAUUUUGAAGAAUGAGGCCCAUGACAGACGUAAUUUAUAUCUAGCAAAGGAAGGUGAGAUUCUUGCUGGAACACCAGCUGCUGAAGGUGUAUCAGAAAGUGAUAUGAGAAAGCGUGAGAUGUUGAUAAAGAAGAAGGAAGAAAUGCUGCAAUCUCCAAAAUUCCAUGUAUCAAGAACUAGAUUAAUUAUCUACAAUUUGCCAAAGACUAUGACUACAGAAGAAGUGAAAAAACUGUGUGUAAAUGCUGUUGUUUCCCGUGCUUCCAAGCAGAAACCUGUCAUUCAAAAGGUAAAGCUUCUGAAGGAUGUGAAGAAAGGAAAAGUUGUUAUAAAGAAACAUUCACGUGGUGUAGGUUUUGUUGAUUUCAAAGAACAUCAGCAUGCACUUGUGGCCCUGAGGGUUCUGAAUAACAAUCCUGAAACUUUUGGUCCUGAUCAUCGCCCUAUUGUAGAGUUUGCUUUUGACAACAUUCAGAAACUACGACAACAGAAAGCUAAACUGGAUUCUAUAAAGGAGAACAAUGCUAAGUCAGAAGAUGGGAAAAGAAAUUUGCAACAAAGGUUUCCGACUCCAACCACAGAGACAGACAUAGAUAAAGCGGGUAAGAAGGUAAAAAAUGCAAAGCACCAGAGGAUGCAAAGGAUAUCAUCCCAAGUAUCUGAACCUAGUGAAGGGAUGACAGUGGAGCUAGGGUCCCAUGAGGAGGACACUAAUCCAGAAGUCAAGGCUGGGAAAAGUAAGCAGAAUAAGCAACAGAAGAAGGCUUCAAAAGGUGGAAAGGCUGAUUCACCCUCUAAUUCUAAGCACAUGAAGUCAGAGUCACAAUCGAAUUUGAUGCAAGUAGGCACACAUGCUAAAGAAAAGCAACUAAAUAAGAAGAACCAGAUGGAAAAGCCUAUUGACAAGACAACAGUAACAAUUCCUCGGAAAAGGAAGAGAAACACCAAACCUGAUGGUGGUUCAGAACAACAUAAGCCAGCUAGAAAAGCAAAGAGUAGAACGGACUCGUCAGGGGAGGAAAUAGUCGAUAAAUUGGACAUACUAAUCGAGCAGUACCGUUCCAAAUUUUCACACCAUGAUUCAAGCAAAACGAAAGAUGCUACAAGUUCUGGUCAUAAAGUCAGAAGAUGGUUUGAGUCAGGUUCUUAAUGUCAGCUCGAUCAGGUUUUUCUUAUCUCGCAAUAUAAAGCUUUGUGUUGGCUUAUCCCAAGGUUGAGAUGGAUGCGUCCCCGCACUCAAACUUUUGUGUAGGACCAAAUGCAACCAAGUGGUCGUGUUUUAAUUUGGAUUUUUUGAUAUUGGGGUUGGAAGUUCUACACUGAA